UACUUAACAUUCCCAACGACACACACCCCAUACAAGAUUUUCGCCUUCUCGCUUCCUUCUUCUUCGCCACUGUCCAUCUCUCUCUCUCUCUCUCUCUCUCUCGCGACGCCCUUCAGUGUCUGCGAGAUGUGCGACGAAGACUGGAUCAACGUGGCCAUGUCCGAUGACUCCGUCGUCGUCGAGAUUCUCCUCCGUCUCCACCAAGAUACUCCACCGCCUCCUCCUCCUCCUCCUUCUCUGACUAAAAAACAGCCUCCCUGUCUUCGCGUCGACUGGACUGUGCGUCAGCGUCGUUCCAGGUCGGUUCCCAGACACCGUGGCUCCGAAGGGAAGGAUGAACCGACGAGAGCUAGCCCUACCACGCCGCUCUCCUGGAGCUGUGCCACGUCUGCUAGCUUUGGCGGCGGCGGCGGCGCCGUUGAUGGCUGCGAAGAGUCCAGCUGUCCGAUCAAACGGGUGGAAAGCUCGAGAUCUGAGAAGGUUAAGAAUCCAAGUGAAGCAACCAGUACAAAAAGAUCUCGAAGAAAAAAGACUUUAGUUGAACUAAAGGAGGAAGAGACUUUCCUGUUAAGGGAAAGGAAAAAUUUGAAAAAUGAACUGGCCUCCUUGCGUCUCACUGUCGAGAAACAUAGGGCCGCAAAUAAAAGCUUAAAGAGAAUGAAGCUUGAUUUGGAGUCUGGAAAGGCCUUUAAAACAGACUCAGCGUCCGUGGCCACUGAGGAGGAACAGUCUCAUUCAUGUAAUGCAACCUCAUCGACAAGCCUCACGAACAAAGUCUUAGUGAUGCGCCACACAUAUCUGUCCAACCAAUCCAAUCAAAGCACAAGAGACUAUUGA